UGUAGCUCUCUAACUCGCUCGCUAUGGCGGAAGUCGGCAAGUCAUUCCGACUGUAAACAAGGGGGGGUUUUAAAUCGGGAGUGUUAUUUUUCAAGGAUGACGGUAGAGUCGGCGGUUGAUACGCAUAGGGGCGAUGGUACGCUGAUUGUAUGAUGAAGGUGACUGUGUGUUUUGGGAGUACGCGAGUUAUUGUACCUUGCGGAGAUGGGAAUUUACCGGUGCGAGAUCUGGUGGAGAAGGCCAUUACCCGCUACAAAAAGGCCACAGGAAAGCCUACGGAGUACUGGGUAACUGUACACAAUGUGAAGACGAGUGAGGAUGGGGGUAUCCUGGACCCUGACGACCAGGUGUGUGCCGUGGCAGAUGAUCGAGAACAGAUAAUCGCAUACUUUGAGGAGCAGAGUGGUCCACCAGUUCCCCACAACGGAGGUGAUGGUGCCAGUGCCAGUUCGGUUGGUACGUCCAGCCCUGAUAUCUUCACCGGAGGGGAGAUAACUGUGAUCCACUCUGAUGUAAAUGAUGUCGUUGUCACACCGGGAGACCUGUCCACAGGGUCAGCGUUGACUGUCCGCCGUGGGAGCGAGCCCGCCCUCAACAAUAUCGGUCAAGACGAACCUCUCCCAGAUUACUCGGACACGGCUACAUUCCCCAGGAAGGCCAAGAGGUGGUCAGCCAUCGUGACUCCGUCCUCUGGGGUUCAGUUCACAUCCACUCCUAAGCGGGAAAACGAGUCUUCUGCUGACAAUAGCACUCGCAAAAUUCCUCUUCGAGUCAGAGGAAAUGGCGAAGAGAAAAACUUAUUUAACCGAUUUGCUCGGGAUUCCUGGAGGCAGUCGCUUAGCAACCAACCAAAUAUGUUCAAAUGGUUAGAGGCUCAGGGCAGGCAGGAGGACAAAUUUAAUCAGGGUCAGGUUGAAAGGUCAGAACCUGUUGGAGGUCUGGCAACUUCAGGGAGCAGCGAAAGUGACCAAUCCCAAGAGAGGCCGUCCUUGUCUCAGAAUGGUACUGCGGAGGACGGCAGCAUUUACAUCGUUCUCCCAAACAGCGGAGGUCCCCUCGGUAUACAUGUGGUGCCAGACUUUGAUGAGAAUGGGAGUGAUAUGGGCCUCAUGAUACAGAGUAUAGAGAAAGGAGGACGAGUCCACAAAGAUGGCCGAAUGAAAGUCCAAGACAGAAUCGUUGAAAUCAACGGAACUCCGCUCAUUAAUGUCAAUUUCGCAAAAGCGCAAUCAAUAUUUAAAAAAGCCAUGCAGUCUGAUGAGAUACGGUUACGUGUUUUGAAGCGUGAUGCUCCACCCCUUCCUAAACAGCCGCCCCCAGUAUUACCAAAGGGAAGGUCGUCUUCAAGGAACAGUAAUCUUCCUUUACGACCUUCACCUUUGACCUUGCCCAAUACGACAGCGCAGGAAGCGUCGUCGGGGAGGUCAACAGACUCUAACAGUGAUAGUGACACUCAGAGGACAAGUUCCUCAGCAGAAACCGUCAAUGAGAGAACACCAGCUAAUUCGGGGACAGACAAUACUGUGUAUAGUAGUGAUGGAAACAGCCAGUCCAAACCCAGGGUGCCAGCGCCAAGGCAUUCUGGGAAAAGUGCUCAGAGCGUUAGUUUUAACACGAACUCAAACGGGAAAAUGUCCCAGCAGAGUCGGGCGACUAUGCCAAUCAAACCGGGCCCGCCUAUCAAGGCAGGGGGCGGGGGUCCAGUGGUGAAUGGGACACGGAAAACGCCCCCUGUCCCACCCGUCCGUCAUCCAUCCACCUCAUUAUCACCGUCAUCAUCGUUAACUUCCACGUCAUCCAGCCACGAGCGCGUGCUGACCGCUCCCACGAACACUCGCAGAAUAGGCAAGAAAAUCAAUAUACAACUCGUUAAAGGUCCCCUAGGGUUGGGAUUCAGCGUUACCACUAGAGACAACCCUGCCGGAGGAAACUGUCCCAUUUACAUUAAGAAUAUCCUUCCUAAGGGUGCGGCCAUCAUUGAUGGGCGUCUGAAGUCAGGAGAUCGACUCCUGGAGGUGAACGGCGAACCGAUGACCGGGAAAACCCAAGCAGAGGCUGUGAAUAUCUUACGUAACACCAAACUGGGCAGUUCAGUCCAUAUCGUGGUCUCCAGGCAGACAGACACUGCAGAUGACAUGUUCAAAGUUCCCAGAGAACUGAACGAUCAGAACACCUGUGUUAAUCUGCAGCCUCCUGACAAAGUGAACAACAACGAUGACACGGUGCCAACGCCACGCAACCGUCAGCUGCUGGAGCUCGAUAUCCCACUGAAUGACACAGGAUCCGCAGGGCUGGGCGUUAGUGUGAAGGGCAAAACGCAAAACCUCAACGGAAAUGUCUCAGAUCUGGGUAUCUUCAUCAAGGCUGUCAUCCAUGGUGGAGCAGCAUCAAAGGAUGGCAGACUGAUGAUCAAUGACCAGCUUCUGGAAGUGAAUGCCAAGUCACUGGUUGGUUUGUCCAACACCGAUGCCAUGGAAACGCUCAGGAAGGCCAUGCAGUCGGAGGGCAUCACACCCGGAUUUAUAAACAUUAAGGUGGCUCGUAAAAUCGGUGCCCCAUCCCCUUCCCCAUUCGGAGAGGAGGAAAGAGAACUGAAAAUAAGAUCUGUAUCUGAGACGUCGGAAUCAUCAAACGUGUCCCGUGUGGAAAUGGAAGCAGGGCAUGAUGAGAGUUCGGACAGUUUCGAAGUGAGCAGUCUAAAUGACUCUCAGAACCACAGUAGUUUACAUUAUAACAACAAAGCGCACCAGGACUUGAAUAGCUCCCAAAAUGUGUACAUAAACAACAACAACAAACCUCUCAAUCCCAUGUUAGAUCGGUUACGUAACAACGGAGGGAAUCGUAACGAAUCCUACAACCGAGCCGUACACGAGAGUAUGAAUGACAGCAGUCUCAGUAAAAUAUCCUCGCUGGACGGCAGCAUGUAUGGCGAGCAAAGGCCACGGUUACCACGUAGCAACAAGCUGACCUCGCCCACUGUUAACUCUGUCUCCAGGGAAACGGUCAUUAUAGAACAGGAUGACCCCUAUGCUCAAGUUCAGAAGUUUCCUCAGGGCUCCAAACUGCGUCCUCACUCCACCAUUGGCAUCAUGAGGACUAAUUCCUAUAGCUCAAGCUCUCAAAGCAAUGAAGAUGGUCCAGAGGGCAGGGCACCGUCACCGCCCGAGUGGCUAAUGGAAUGGGAUAGGAGACGUAGCCAGGCUAAGGAAGACCCACUAAGUCCUGGUGUCGACCCAAUGAGAGCCUUCCAACGAGAAGGGUUUGGCCGACAGAGCAUGUCUGAAAAACGUAAGGUGAAGGCAAGCAUCGACCCCCGAGGGAGCGAGUAUUAUCAACGGGCUAAACAGGCUCAGAUGAAUCAUCAUAGAGUGGAUUAUGGGUAUUAUAAUCCAUACGCCCUCCAGCAACGCCAGUACGAACAGCGAGGUCCGUACGAAUGUCGACGGUCCGCCUCCUUCCACGCUCCAGCCACAUACAACCCAGCAGUCAUGGGCCCGACACUAGGGAUGAAGAAGUCCAGCAGUUUAGAAAGUCUAGAAACGGCCAUGCAGGACGUUGGCAUGGACAAUGAUGAUGACCUCUGGGGUAGAGGGCGCCACAUGCGUAACCGGGGAUGCAAUGAGAGCUUCAGGGCUGCUGUGGACAGGUCAUAUGACCCGACCAAACUGAAUAUUCAGAUGGAUAUUGUUGAGGAGGACUCCAGCGAGAAUGGUUCUCUGCACCCGGGCAGAAGGACAGGGUCUUCGCGAUCCUCCGUUAGCAGUGAGACGCAGGACGACACGCUUAAACGUAAGAAGAAAGACAAGGAGAAAAAAGGAGGAAUCUUCAAGGGUAUUUUUAAAUUUGGUAGAAACAGAAAAAGCGUAGAAAACCUGCGCGCGUCUCCAUUUGAAAACAAUCGUCCUCCCUCCACCACUGAUCAUGAGUGGCCGAAACAGACAGCUGAUUCAAGAGAGAGAAAUCCCGCAGCUCGACCCUCCCAUCAAGAACAGGCCAGGCUGGAAGACCAUUAUCGCAAACUUCAGGACAAACAACGUCACAAUGGAGCAUGAUAUACAAGGCAGGGAUCGCCAUAACAACUACCACUACAAUCAACAACAACAACAGCACCACGAACAACAACAACAACAACAUUAUGGUUACCAUAGCCACCGGGAAGGGCACGACCAGGAGAACCGU